UUUAGCAGCUUAAGUUGAACAUGGGAAAACAGUCAGUUUCUACAUAUUGAAGUAGCAGCAUUACAGUGAAGCCUGAAUAUCUGCAGCAAAUCAUGCUCAAACAAAGGACUGGGUGGAGAGCAUGCUCAAAAUAAGCGAUCCUGAUCAAUUAAAAUGUGUUGAUUGGGCCCGAUUCUGAUCAGAUCACGAAAUCCCUAAUUUGAAUAAUUUCAGUCCAGUAAGACGUAGAUUAAAGCAUCAUAUGCUUUUUUUAAGGGUGUUCCUCCUGGUCCGAGGCUGCCGACCAAUGGAAGCUUAGGGGUCAUGUCAGCCCAGUCGCAGCCACGACCCCCAGCACCUAACAACCAGCAAAAAGGCCCAGUCAAAGCUCAAGCCAUACAGAGACAGAUCAGUCAACAACAGCACACCAUCAGCAAUUCAGACAAAGACAAUGCACAUGAUCAGUUCAAUCGCCAUCUCACAAGACCGCCACCCGAUUACAAGCAGUCGAGAAGUAUGGUGGGAGUUCAGCAAGGAAACAUCUUCACAGGUCAAAGCUCCACCCAGUCUUCCAGCAAUGGUCCUGAGAACGACCUACAGUCUAUGUCUUGUCACCUCCCAAGUGGUUCAAAGAUGAGUCCUUCACCCUCAGACCGCAGAUUUGGUAUCGGGACUGAUAUUCGUCAGAGUUCUUGCAUCAGCCAAUUCCAGCAGCACAACAUUCAGAAUCGAAUUGGACUGAAUCAAAGUAAAGCGAGGUUCCUGGGGCCAAACACGCAUGGAAAUUCUUUUGGGAUGAACACUGUAGCAGGUGUACAACACCCGAGAACAACAGCUGACCUGCAUUCCUCAGGGGUACCAGGACAGGGUCUCGGAGGCUUGAUGAAAAACAUAAACAUGGGUUGGGGCUCGGCCAACAAGCAAAUGACAACUGGACUUGGUAUUAGACGGCUCCCCAAUCCACUACAGUCUCAGGGUGCACAGCUGGAUAUGCCAAACCAUCCGUACCAACAGAGGCACAUUGGCCCUCCCAACCAGGUAGCGCCAGACAUUGGGAUGCUCCCCAUUAACCCUUCGAUAAGAGACACAGGACCAAGACCAAGCCAGCCGAUGAUGGGAUCUCCAUCAGCAGUGGGAAACCUGAACCAGGCCUCUCCUGAGCAGAGGGUACCAGCAGGCAACUUUGCAGAGUCCAGUCAGAGCUCCAACAGCUUCCAGAAUAACCGGGCCAACCGUCUGACCUUUGACUUCCUCCCAGAGGGAGACAACACAGUUCCAGGGAUCAACACAGACUCAGACUUCAUAGACUCUCUGCUCAAGUCUGGCUCUGGGAAUGAUGAUUGGAUGAAAGAUAUAAAUUUAGAUGAGAUUCUGGGGAGUCACUCAUGAAUUUGGGUCAGUGAUUGCUAAAAAUUAACCCACAGCUCAAAGUAUAGAGGUUAUGGAAGUAAGGGGUAACAUUUGUAAAUAAUGUUAAAAAGGAAUUUUAUAAACUCAUAUUAUUUGUUAUCCAAGUAUACUGUUCUGUUUUGUAUUGUAUUUACUGUGAAAGAAUUUGUGUUCUGUCUUUAGUACUCUGCAUAUUUUAUUCAUGGUAUAUAAAGACCAAGAAACUACUUUUCUUUGCAGUCACUGUCUUUGUGGUCUGUUUGUCAUACUCAUGCUGUAGUGCUGUUGUAUAGGAUACAAUACCAAAUUCACACUGUGAAAAGAAAACAUUGCUGUGUUGCUUUCAACUUCAUCUUGGAGUUCCAAGUUAAGUUUCUAAAUCUACAUCCACUAUUUAGCAUGAUGCAGUAUUUACCUUCAGAAGUUUUGCUACCAUACACACAGAAUCUUGCCACAACAAAUGUUUUCUUACUUAUCAUUCAAGCUUUUUCAUCUGUGGUAGUUUUUGAUGCAAUUUAUGUAAUGUAACCAUUUUUUAAAUGUGAUAUUUAAUAAUUAUUGGGAUAGUAUUAAGA